ACUCCCUCUCUCUCUCAGACUCACACACACUCCGAGAUCCGCCUGAACAUACACCGCGAUGGACGGAACCAGCGAACGGCAGAGCCUCGGGAGGUUGGUGCUCGUUUGUUCAUAAACCGGAGUGCGUGGUUCCGGUGAGUCUUCCGUGUGAACGGAACGGACUGACCGCUAGCCGCUAGCGCCACUGACAGAGCGUCCGGAUCCGCAUCAGCGCGACUAGCGACCAUCCGUCGCGUGGAGCUGUGUCACGUGACCUCGCCAGGUGUGUGCGCUGUGUUUCAGGUAACCUGGGGUGUUGAUGCUGUAGGGUCACUAGAGCUCCUCACAGAUGUCUGGCUCGGGGCUGAUGGGUCGCGUGAGGUCAGUGUUCCGCCGGCCGGUGGACAGCUGGCACCUGAGCGACACGGCGGCCUUCGACUUCUCCGAGGAUCUGGAGGACGAUGAGACGCCCAGGUUCAGCCAGCUGAAGGUGGUGGUGUCCGGAGAAGCGGACGAGAUUCCUGUGGCUUCACGCAACGGCGCAGCGGUCAGCACACUGCUGGCGGACGACGACGACUCUCUGCUGGGCUCCUCGUCCAGUCUGGGGAGCCCCGGCGCGACACCGGACCCCUGCGACGGAUGCCGCAGGAACAGAGAGCGCGACAAGCGCAGGAGGGUGAUGAGGAAGCUGGGCGUCGCCGCGCUGCUCUACUUCCUGUUCAUGGUGGGCGAGCUGAUAGGGGGAUACGUGGCCAACAGUCUGGCCAUCAUGACGGACGCGCUGCACAUGCUGACCGACCUCAUCGGGAUCGUGGUGUCGCUGCUGGCUCUCUGGCUCUCGGCCAAACCUCCCACCUACAGAUUCACCUUCGGCCUGCAUCGGCUCGAGGUUCUGUCCGCCGGCAUCAGUGUGCUGCUGAUCUACAUCCUGACCGGUGUGCUGCUGAACGAAGCUGUGCUGAGGACCGUCCAUCAGGACUUCAACAUCGACGGAGACGUGAUGCUGAUCACAGCCGCGGUGGGCGUCGCUGUCAACCUGCUGAUGGGGUUCCUCCUCAAUCAGUCCGGUCUUCAUUCACAUGGCCACACCCACUCUCACGGGUCACCGGGGCAGGGUCAGGGUCAGCGGGGUCAUGGCAGUCUGGCGGUGCGAGCGGCCUUCAUCCAUGCUCUGGGUGAUCUGGUUCAGAGCGUCGGUGUGCUCAUCGCUGCGUACAUCGUCAGGUUUAAGCCGGAGUAUAAGCUGGCCGAUCCCAUCUGUACAUACCUGUUCUCCAUACUGGUGCUGUUCAGCACAUUCCAGAUCAUCAGAGAUACCGGCAUCAUUCUGCUGGAGGGUGUUCCGCGUCACGUGGACAUGUCUGGAAUCAGAGCUGAUCUGCUGAAGCUGCAGCAUGUGGAGUGUGUGGAGGAGCUGAAGCUCUGGGCGCUGACAGCCGAUAAAACCGCAGCCAUCGUUCACCUGCAGCUCGUGCCGGGGAUUGUGGGUAACUGGGAGGAAGUGCAGUCAAACGCGCGGCGGCUGCUGACGACGUCACACGGCGUGACACACUGCACAGUGCAGCUGCAGACGCACAGACAGGGGGCGCCACAGUCCUGCACACACUGCCUCACACACAGUGCCUGAACACUGUCUGUCUCUCGCUGUCUCACACACACACACACUGACACUGACACACACAAAAUGACACACUCACACUGACAUGCAUACACGCACAGAGGACGAGAGAGAGAGACGGGGGACCCAGCAGGGUUUUAAUGAUUGUCUAGCAGCUUUUUCUAUAAUGAAUAUUGACCUCAUUUUGAUAAAACUUUAAUACUAACGUGCACACAGGAGGACCGGACCCGUUUGAUUUGCGUUUGUUUUGAGAGCCGUCUGUCACUGAGGGACGACGACAGAUGGAGGGACGCUUGUGUUUGUGUGUCUUGUGUGUUUUGCGUGAAUCUCAUGAAAACAUGUCUGGGUUGCAUUACAGUGACAACAUUAGAAGAAAAACAGACAGUUACUUGUUUUGCUUGAGCUGAAUGAAGCCUACUGCUUUUUGUUUUUUUGCAGCUUGACAGUAUUUGGUUAAUUUUCAAUAAUGUAAUGUGUUUGGAUUUACGUCCGAAGGGUUUUGAUUCUCGUAACUGUAAUUUUAUUAAAAUCUGCAUGAAUAAAAGGCAGUGCAACACAUACAUGAUGCAGAAAUACUUAACAAAUUAAUAUUUCAUUUUUCACAUUAAAGUGGGAAGGUGUUUAAGUUUGCAUGAAAAUAUGCCAGCGUGCAAAAAGCAGGCUUUAUUUGAUAUAUCUUGUGAAAUAUGACCUGAAAUAUGAUCUGACUGCUCUGAAAUCAGCCAAACGUGUGUGUCCUCAAAACAAUAAAUAAUGCACGUUUGCAGAAUCCCUCAUUUAGUAACGGACAAUCCUAGUUUGACGGGACAGACUGUAGUUUCACUCACGUCUCACUGCAGUUUUGCGCAUUUCAGACAUUUAUAAUCAAUGUGUGCCAACAUGAUCGAUUCACAAACUCAGAACAAAAUGACACGAAAUGUCUCUUUUUAUCUUUUUAUUUGAUUUGUUCUUGCUUUAAGAUGCAGAUUGAAUAUGAUUAUUGUUUAACUGUCAGUGAUUGUCGUCAGUAUUUGGCUGUUAUGCCUUUUUAUUAUUUUUAUGUUUUUGUUUUUCUGUUUUCUGUUUUUGAUUUUGGAAACACAAUGUCAGUGGUUUGCAUCAGAGUGAAGGUUCGUUCUGUCGUUUCUUUAUGUUUGCAGUAUUUGUUUUAUGUGGGUCUGUGUGUCUGAGGGAUGAUCGAUGUAAACUGACUGCUAAAGCGCUUGAAAUAACUUGAAAUAAAUACAUUUUAAAUGCCUGUA